AUCUUUCGCUUAUCGAUUCGAAUACUAUAUAAGUGACCAAGAGACCAUUAUUAAACUCUUUGUUAAGAGACUUGUUGAGAAAUGAAGAUAUUACUACUGGUGUUGGCAGUUAUCGCCAGCGCAUCGGCUGCUAAAAUUAGCUAUAGGGGUUAUAAACUUUUCAAUGUGGCUCCACAAACAGAGGAAAAUGUCGAACUCCUGAGAGAACUCGAAACUGAAGGGGCAAAAACAGGGGUGAUGUUCUGGAAGCAGGGCAGAGUUGGAAGAAAGGCGGAUCUGAUUGUACCACCUUCAGCUGUAGUUUGGGUGUCACAAGCACUCAGAGAGGCUAAAAUGAGGUUCAAUGUAACUGUUGAGGAUGUCGAAGAUCUUCUUGAAAAGGAGGCUUCUGACAAUCGCUUGGCUCAUAUGAAGAUGAGCCGUCAAAGAUCAGGACAGACAUACAAAUCUGUAUUGGGCACUUAUGCAAGACAUUCCGCAAUCAACGAUUGGCUGGAAAAUGUGGCCAACUCAUACAGCAGCAUUGCUUCAACUGAGAAUAUUGGAAGCACAUACGAAGGAAGAACGAUGAAGUUGAUAAAGAUCGGAUCUGAUGGCAGUAACAAGCCUGCAAUUUGGUUAGACGCAGGUAUCCACGCAAGAGAAUGGAUCGCCCCUGCAGUUGCUGAAUAUAUCAUUGACCAGCUGACAUCUCGUUAUGCCUCUAACAGUAAUAUCAGAAAGAUGGUAGAUGACUUCGACUGGUACAUCCUCCCUGUGGCAAACCCUGAUGGGUAUGAAUACACACACACAAACGACAGAAUGUGGAGAAAAACUAGAGCUCCAACAAACGAUUAUUAUUGCACAGGAUCUGAUCCUAACAGAAACUUUGAUUUCCAUUUCGGAGAGGCAGGGACAAGCAGCGACCCAUGUUCGGACACAUACCCAGGACCACGACCUUUCUCUGAGAAGAACACCUCAAAUAUGAGAGACAAAAUUAAUGCUCUGAAAAGCAGAUUGAAGAUGUACUUGUCCCUCCAUGCUUAUUCUGAGUUAUGGCUGACACCAUGGGGAUACGAUAGCGCACGACCUGCAGACUAUAUUGAAAUGGACAGAGUUGCUGAUAUUGGUGUAAAUGCGUUGAAAGCAGUCCAUGGAAAGUCAUUCCAGAGAGGAACUCCUCCUGCAAUCCUUUACGCUGCCUCGGGUGGUUCGUACGAUUGGGCCAAAGGAGUCGCUGAUGUAAAGUAUUCCUACACUUUAGAGCUUAGACCCGGUAAUGACUGCUCUUGGUUCUGCAAUGGAUUCGUUCUUGAUUCCUCCCAAAUCAUUCCAAGCGGAGAAGAAAUCUUCGCCGCUGUUGAAGCGGUGGUCAACGCCAUGCAAUAGCAGUAUAGGCCUAAUCAAUCAUUUCGAAUAAUAGAAAAUAACUGAAAACUAUGUUUCGUUUGUUUACGUUUAAUCAUUCUUUAAAAAUACCUGGAAGACAAUGUAUGUAGGUUUUCAGUUUCAAGCGAUUGUGACUCUAUUUACUAUUGUAAUUUAUUGUUUAAAGUUGCCCUAUAUUGCUACAUCUGGUGCACUGCAAUUGCAAACAUAGCCAUAUUCCCUGUGUCCAAUUGUCAUUAGAUCGGUUUCACAUCUUUGAUAAAAUAAUACAUUCGCUGUCUUAUAUUUUUGUUCUCAUCA